AUGUCCCAGCCCACUCCCUUCAACGAGAACCUCGUCCCCGUCGUCGGCCAGCAGCUCGCGACGCUUACGCUCGAGGACGCCCCCGCCGCCGUCAGCCCGGCCCACCUCGAGCAGGUCGCCAACCUCGAGCACGCCGCCAACCCGGACGAGGGCUCGGCCGACGCCGACUCGCAGGUCCUGGAGGCCGAGGACCUCGGCCUUGCGCGCCGCUUCCGCGCGCUCGUCUCCGUCAAGUCGUCCCCGGGUCGCCCGCGCCCGUCGCUCGUCCUCAACCCUGGCGAGAAGGUCGCGCUCCUUCAGCACAACGUGCGCGAGUCGUCCGGCUUCGAAACCCGCACCACCUACUGGGUCGAGAAGAACCCCGACGGGACGACGCGCGAGUACAUCGAGGAGGCGAGCGGCCUCCCGUCGCUCCUUCCGGUCGCCUCGCGCGCCACGACGCCCAUGAAGCGCCGCGCGCGCGACGUCGAGGACCACCAGCAGCACUCGACGACGGGCAGCCCGACCAAGAAGGCCAAGGGCAAGCACGCGCCGGUCGCCGGCUCGAGCAACAUCCGCGCAGUCGCUCGCUGA